AUGAAUGGACUUCUCAUCCCUCCUUGGUACAAGCAAGAAGUAACACCUCCAUCAUCAUUGACCCUGAUCACUUUUCUGUUCGGCUUUUCGUCUGCUUGCGCCGUUUUUACGGCCACCACUAUCGUUGCCCAGGCAUAUCGGAUCUUGUAUCGCUCCAAGCGACUAUUUACCCAUCCUUACGUCUUGAUGAUAACGACGGUGUGGCUGGCCAGCGUCGUUUAUUCUCUCAUUUCGUACCUAUACGUCCACAGCGUGAUACCCCCAAGUUUCUGGCUGUUCUUCGCCAUCCUCUGCCUUUGGACAAUACAGACCCAAUGUCUUAUGCACAUCAUCAUCAACCGUAUCGCACUCAUCAUUUACGAUGGGCGUAGAGUGAACCGACUGAAGUGGGCAGUCGCCCUACUGCUCGGGUUGGUCAACGUCAGCGUCUUCAUUGUUUGGAUGCCUGCACGCCUGCAGGUCAGCCCGGCCUGGAUCCAUUUCAAUGAGAUAUGGGAUCGGGUUGAGAAGGGCAUCUUCGCAAUGAUGGACCUCGGCCUCAACCUAUAUUUCAUAUAUUUGGUUCGAUCAGAGCUUGUCGCUCAUGGGUUGACCAAGUACGAAACAUUGUACAAAUUCAAUCUUGUGAUGAUUUUUUGUUCCUUGUCGUUAGAUGUUAUACUCAUUGGCAUCAUGUCUUUACCCGACAGUUUCGUAGUCUACAGCUACAUCCAAUUUCAUCCACUAAUGUACCUGAUCAAAUUAGCGAUUGAGAUGAACAUGGCCGAACUCAUCACCAAAAUUGUCAAGAGCACGUCUGGCUCCCACGAAAAUCAUUAUGCGACGUCAUUUCCAGCACCGCCUCGACCGACCGCGGGAAGUUCUGGUAAUUCCGAUUUAACCGCAGUGGCAAAUAGCGGUGAUCAGUCAGUGGAUCAGAGCCCCAUCUCGGAGCCGGCACCCGGUGAGAUCUUUCAAUUGAGGUCAAUGCCGCCCUCGUUCGACGCUGGUGAUGUGGUUAAUCGAAAGGCAAGUGUGGCCGAGGGAGCGACUGUUGGACAACUUCUGGAUCCGAACCAGGGGAGACCGAGGCUCAUGAGGAAUGCUAGUGAGAUGACCACCUUGGAAAUGACAGCCGGGUACCUAAAUAGGGCGAGCGUGAUAUCUGCAGAGAAACCAGCAUGCUAA